UGUGGGGCGGUGUUCCGCGUGCGGCGCGUCCCGGCGCGGGCGAGCGGAGCAGGCCUGGCGAAACGGAGCGGCCGCGUGGCCGGUUACCUCUCGCCUGCUUUCUGCCGCCCCGCGGGUCAGCGAGGGCCUGGGGAGGCCGGCGGAGAGGGGGGCGCUCGUUGGUUUAACAGGGAGUCGCCGAGCACACGGGAGGUGCCGCGGCCGUGCCCUCUAACCCCCCCCCCCCCACCUCCUGUGUUCCAUCCCAGGCUGUCAUACUCCUGAAAGUAGUGGUUCUGCUUUGAACUUAAUUCUGCGCUUUUGAGAGUGAAAUUGGGUGCAAGUCUAGGACCAAAGGUGUAAUUUGAGACUGUCUCUGACCAACCAGGACAUGUGGUCAACUGUAUGUGAAUGGCUAAGGAAGAUGUGGUGCAUAUAUACAAUGGAAUCCUACUCAGCCACGAGAAAAAAUGAAAUAAUGCCAUUUGCAGCAACAUGGAUGGACUUAGAGAUUAUCAUACUAACUGAAGUCACGUAUUAUACAAAUAAGGUCUGCUCUGCUCCAUCCAGUUCAAUGUGACAGAGAUGGGGGUACUGGAAACAGGAUACUAACUUCUCAAGACCAAGACUACUCCCACACAGGGGAAGGAGUGGGGCAAUGACACUCAGAUUUGGGAGAAGUAGCCCCAGAAAUAAAAGCAUCUGAGAGACGAACAGCUGUGGCCAUUGCAGAUUUGGAAUGGAGAGAAAUGGAAGGAGAUGAUUGCGAGUUUCAUUAUGGAGAUGGUCCGAAUGAGGCUCAGGACAGUGACUUUCCAACAGUGGAGAGGAGCAGACUACAAGAAAUGCUGUCCCUUUUGGGACUAGAGACAUACCAGGCACAGAAACUUAGCCUCCAGGACUCCUUGCAGAUCAGUAGUGAUAGCAUGAAGAACUGGGCUCCUCAGGCUCCCAAAGACUUGCCCUGGAAUUUCCUCAGGAAGCUGCAGGCCCUCAAUGCUGAAGCCAGGAACACCACCAUGGUGCUGGACGUGCCCCCGGACACCAGGCCUGUGGAGAAGGAGAGCCAGGUGGAAGAGGAGAUCAUCUACUGGGACACGGCGGAUGACAUCUCUGCGGACAUCUACUCCUUCUCCGAGCUGCCAACACCCGACACGCCCGUGAACCCCUUGGACCUUCUCUGUGCCCUUCUGCUUUCCUCAGACAGUUUCCUGCAACAAGAAAUCAUGUUAAAAAUGGCCCUCUGCCAGUUUGCACUCCCUCUUGUUUUGCCCGACCCAGAAAACCACUACCACACAUUUCUGCUGUGGGCCAUGAGGGGGACCGUGCGGACAUGGGCGUCCCAGCCCCCAAGGGCAGUGGGCAGCUUCAGAGAAGACAGCGUGGUCCUGUCCCGAGCACCUGCCUUUGCCUUCGUGCGCAUGGAGGUCAGCAGCAACUCCAAGUCCCAGCUUCUGAACGCCGUGCUCAGCCCUGGCCACAGGCAGCGGGACUGCUUCUGGCAUCGGGAUCUGAACUUGGGCACCAACCCUCGGGAGAUUGCGGACGGGCUGGUGGAAAUUUCCUGGUUCCUUCCCAGUGGCAGGGAGGACUUGGACAUUUUCCCAGAGCCUGUCGCCUUCCUGAACCUGAGAGGUGACAUCGGGUCUCACUGGCUGCAGUUUAAGCUCUUGACAGAAAUCUCCUCGGCCGUGUUCAUCUUGACUGACAACAUCAGCAAGAAGGAAUACAAACUGCUGUACUCCAUGAAGGGGUCGGCCACGAAAUACUACUUCAUCCUGAGUCCCUACCGCGGGAAACGAAACACAAACCUGAGAUUUCUGAACAGGUUAAUUCCUGUGCUGAAGAUGGACCACUCGCACGUCCUGGUGAAGGUCAGCAGCACGGACAGCGCGGGCUUCGUGCGCAGGGUCCGCGCCAUCGUGGCGCAUGUCACCCGGUCCCCCUGUAGGAGGGUCUCUGUGGAGGACAUGGCGAACGCAGCCCGCAAGCUGGGGCUGAAGGUGGAUGAGGACUGCGAGGAGUGUCAGCGGGCGAAAGACCGGAUGGAGCGGAUCACCAGGAAGAUCAAGGACUCGGACACCUACCGCCGGGACGAGCUGAGGCUGCAGGGGGAUCCUUGGAGAAAGGCGGCCCAGGUGGAGAAGGAGCUCUGCCAGGUCCAGUGGGCCGGGGACCCUCCUGAGAAGUACAGGGCCGAGCUGAGGCAUCGGUUGCUGGAACUUCGAAUGCAGCAGAAUGGCCACGACCCUGCCUGGGGGGUGCAGGAGUUCAUCUUGGGCAUCAGCAGCCCCUCCCUGGGCGAGAAACAGUACUUCCUAAGGUGGAUGGAGUGGGGACUGGCCCGGGUGGCCCAGCCAAGGCCAAGGCAGUCUCCAGAGAUGAUUCUUACCCUGAGACCAAAGCACUGUGGGGCUGUGGACUUCAGCGAGCCACUCUGGCCUGAGCCUCUGGGGGUGGAGCAUUUCCUGCGGGAGAUGGGACAGUUUUAUGAGGCGGAAAGCUGCCUUGUGGAGGCAGGGAAGCUGCCAGCGGGUCAGAGGCGGUUUGCCCACUUCCCAGGCUUGGCCUUGGAGCUGCUGCUGAAGGGGCUCCCCCUGGAGCUGAUUGACGGGAACACCCUGAGCACCCCGCUGCGCUGGGUCACGGGGCUGCUGAAGGAGCUGCAUGUCCGCCUGGAGAGGAGGUCGCGCCUGGUGGUCCUGUCGGUGCUCGGCGUGCCGGGCACAGGCAAGUCCACCCUUCUAAACACCAUGUUUGGGCUGCGGUUCGCCACGGGAAGGGGCCGUGGUCCUCGAGGGGCCUUUAUGCAGCUCAUUACGGUGGCCGAGAGCUUCAGCCAGGACCUGGGCUGUGACCACAUCCUGGUAAUAGAUUCUGGGAGCUUGAUAUGCGGAGUCCUGACUGAGGCAGGGGAGAGGUUUGAGCGGGAGGCUUCCCUGGCCACUUUGAUUAUGGGGCUGAGCAAUGUCACUGUGGUCAGUUUAGCUGAAACGAGGGACAUUCCACCAGCUAUUCUGCAUGCAUUUCUGAGGCUGGAAAAGACGGGGCACAUGCCCAACUAUCAGUUUGUAUACCAAAACCUUCAUGAUGUGUCUGCCUCUGGCUCCAAGCCGAGAGAGAGGAGGCAGCUCCUGGACCAGUCCAGCGAUGUGAACAGAGCCACAGUGCACAUGGAGAAACAGGGUGACGGAAUUCGGACGCUGGCUGACCUGGCCUUUUGUGACCCUGAGAAGCAGCACAUUUGGCACAUCCCUGGCCUGUGGCAUGGAGUGCCUCCCAUGGCCGCUGUGAGCUUGGGGUACAGUGAAGCCAUUUUUGAAUUGAAGAGAUGCCUGCUAGAAAACAUCAGGAAUGGCCUGUCCAACCAAAACAAAAACAUUCAGCAGCUCAUUGAGCUGGUAAGACGGCUGUGAGUCACUGAAAGAAAAGUCCAGCUGCCAGUGGCCUGCUGUGGGCAGCCUGUUCUGAUGGGGGUGUCCACAUGGGGCUGUGCCCAGCUCCUGAGAGGGGAGAAAAGUGAAAGACGGGGGUUGGGUCUAGAGUUGCCUCCACAGUGUUAGGAAAGAAAGUAACCUCACAGGUCAGCUCAGAGACGUUCUCGGGGGUAUAACAAGCCUGGGGCAGGAGGUGUAGACGCAGGCAGUAACUUAUUCUUUGUCUCCGAACUUUGAGGUCCCUGGUGGUUUGGUCGUUUGUACAGCUACUCUCUGUCUCCUGCCUCUGGAGUGGAGAGUGGCUCCUGUCCACAGCAGCCCAGGCAGAUGGUACCCAGGAUAGGGUUGGGAGGUUGCCCUGAGGAAGCAGAGGUAGGCCUUCCCUCCAACCAGCCUCAGCAUCAGCAUCGGGGACCUGGUCCUGCCCACUGAGGGUACUCUAUGGAUUGACUGACCCCACCCAAGGAAGAGUUCCCGCUGGCUCUUUCACGCCCACAUCACCUUGUUUACACCUCUGCCACAACACUCAACACGCGCAGCGUGACUUACCUGUGCACGUGUCUGCCUCUCCCCUAGACCUGUGAGCUCCUUGAGAGCAGGGGCUGUACAUGACCUAGCUGUGUACCCCCAGGGCCUGGCACACUGUAGGCACUUAAUAAACAUGUGUUGAAUGAAUGAAGUGAAUGCACAGAUGAUAGCAAUGGGCAGGUUCCUCUCUGCACCUUAAUUUUUCUGUUUCUUCAAAGAGGAUAGCAGUGUCUGUCUGAGGGGGUCGCUUACUAGAACACCUGAAAUAGUGGACACCUCAGAAAGGUGUCUUUAAAAAUGCCAUCAUGUCCCCUCUCAUUAAGCAGAGAUCAAUUAUUCAGGCUAUUACUGAACAAAUGAACUAAAUAUCUUCACAGUAACUCCAAGAGAGCUCCAUCAUUACCCCAUUUUAGAGAUGAGGAACGGAGGCCAAGAGCAGUUAAGCAGCUCGCCCAGUCCACAAACCUGCAUUGGCAGAGAGGAGGCGAUGGGGAAGCCGGUGCCCUCGGCUCUGUGCCUCUGCUUCCUGGCCACUCAUCUUCCCCAAACUUCCACAACUUCCAGGCUCACCCCCAGCCAGGCCCCUGGGUGUCAGCCCUUCAUCUCACUUCCAUGCCUCCAGGGCCAGGCCUUCUCCCUGACAUCAUCUGUGGCCCAUUUGACACCAUGAGCCAGAACAUGGAGCUGCUCCUCUGAUGAGUCUCCAGCUGGAAUCUUCGUGCUGGCCCUUUUGAAGGGCCAGGGUCACUUCUCGGAGCCUCAGACCCCAACCCCAGCUGUGUCACUAGUUCUGGGAAUCUCUGCUUGGACCCCAGGGUGUCCUCCCCUCUGUAUUUUGUGAUUUCAGGAAAAUUAGGCACCCGGGUGGUGACCAGGAGCUUCUCCCCGUUCCUUGAACUCCUACCAGAUUCGGAAAGGGAGCCCUCUGGACUGGAACUUUUUCUUGAAUGGCAAGCUCCUCAGCCCCUUCUCUGGCCCCAGGAUGCUCCACCUGCUGCUCCCUUCAUGUUCAGAAUGUUGCCUCUGUGUUGUGGGAGCCCGGCUCUGUUGUGUGAAACAGAGGCUGGAAGAAGUGCUGAAAGUCCAGAAACCUAAUCUUUUGCUAAUAAAUUCAGGAAAACCUUUUCACUUCUGAAACUCAAAAAGAGUUUCUAAUCCUCAGGCACUACAAAUUCAUUUCUUCCUGGAUCAUCAAAUAACACAAAUAUUCAGAUGUUGGUCCACCUGGAAAUCCCAAAACCUCUCCUUACUUUUUUCCCUAGAGCGAUGAAAACUACCCAGUUGCCUCUCUAGCACUGUAGGAAUUUCACCCAGGAUAUUCCUGGGCCCCAAGUUCAGGCACUGGAAAUCUCUCUUACAAUUGUUGUAUAUCAGCCAGUUCCUUUAAAAAUUGAUUCAAGCUAUUCCUGAAAUCUAGAACAGGGAAGCCAGCUUUAGUGGCUCCCUACUGAUCAAGGAUUCCUUACUUUGAGUCUCUCCAUUGUCCAAAGAUAAGGUUCAAUCACUGAAUUCCUGAAAAUUAGGUGUGUGGUUUUUUUGGAAGGGAGAAGGGAGGAGAGUUCAUAGCUUUCAAUAGAUUUUCAAAAGGAUGCAGAAUCCCAGAUGGAUGAAUAAUGCUUAGUAAUCAGGAAAGUUAUUCCAUAUAUCCCCAGGACCUGAGAAACUAUGAAAUCACAUCAAACAUUUGCCCAGUGUAUUUAAACUUUUGAAAAGAGACCAAUCUAAAGACUGAAUGUAACAGACCUUGAGCAAGAGGUUGCCCUGGGCAGCCCCAGGCAGGACUGCCUUGGAGGACUUGUAGUCAAGCAACUGAGGAAUUAUGGAACUGCCUGGGCAGUGCCCACAGACCAUUGCCUCUCUCAGGUGCAGGAACAGGAGAGGUUGCCCUGGAGUGAGUGAUUUUUCCAGAGUCAGUUAUGGUGCUCUCAUCACCCAUUUUUAGGGGUUGAUGUGGAAUUCCAUAACUUGCAAGAGGAGUUCACCUUCAGACCCUGAAGUCAGUGCCACUCUUGUAAUUAAAUGUCCACAAUACUCAGGUCUUGACUGGUGCCCUGGAGCCCAGAACACUAAGCAUCAGUUUACCCUAGCCAUUCCUGGGUUCACCACAGCCAGAGGGCCCCCCUACAUCAGACCUUAAGACAUCUUUAGGGUCUGAGAGGUCACAGAGCUUGCCGUGGGGCUACUGGGCAGUAAUGUCCUUGGAGCCCAGCUUAGUGAUGUGAGCAUCUCUCAGAGAGGGAAGGGUGGCUGGGCUGCUCACAGGGGAUCAGAUACUUUAGGGAAAGCAUGGACCAUGUCAGUGAUCUUGGAUAAAUGGGCCUGGGAGUCUAAGACUGGGCACUAGAGCGCCUGCCCCUCUCCCUGGAGACAGGAAAUAGCUCCCUCCGCAUGCGGAACUGGAGGCCUCCUUCUGAACUUGGCUUUGCUUCCUGCUAAUCACGUGGCCCUUGAGCAAAGUCAUUCAACUUCUCUAAUCCUUAUCCCUCACUGCUAGCACCUACUCUGUGGUGAGUGCACAAAAGCUGGUUUUGGAGGAGCCAGUCUGUGUGCACAAGUGAGGCACCUGAAGCUGUGUCUACACCAGUUUGCGCACCCACGAGGCUUGUGCAAAGGAAGCUGCCUGCCUUCGACAUCAACCUCAGACAUUUUAACAGGCCAAACAGGAUUCAUCUUGUAAUCGAUCAGUGGUACCUUAACAUUAGUUUGAAGCCUUUUCUCUUUCUUAAUGGUAAAGUAGUAUCUUCUAAUUGAUGUUAUCUUAGAUUUACUGAAACAUAUUAUCUAGUAGGGCUGGUGUUGAGAAACCUGUACCAAUGUAAACUUGGUCUGGUAGCUCUCCCCAGCUCCUCCGAUGUGAAUUAGCCCAGUAAGGAAAAAUCCUCUCUCUUUUUGAGUAAUUAAAAAAAAAAAAAAAGAUUUUCACUACAAACUUAUCCUGAGUUCCUAAAACUUCAACAAAAUUACAUCAGAGUGCAGCCGUACAAGUACCGAUAAGUCAGAACCACAGAAGAGAGAGCCAAGGUGACCUUGAUCCUGACUUCUGUGACUUUCCAUGCCUCAUCCACAGCACCCACACUCUGGACUCUAUGCUUCAUUCAUGCUCUGUCUGCCUGGGGCCUCCUUUCACCGGUUCUUGGUUAGGCUGGCACUUCUUCAGGACAGACUUUGAUAGCAGCCCCCCCCCCCAUUCUACCACCCAAGGGGGUCAUGGUCCUUAUCUAGGCUUCUUUCACUUGUCAGAUUCUCUGCCCUCUCCAUCAGAAGGAAGGGUAUCAAGCCCGUUUUUUGUGUCCAGGUCUAGCACAGCAUCUGAGAACCAGGAAGGGAGGUCUCAAUGGCUGUCACACAUGAGGCCCACUCCUCCUAUGCAUCUACUCUAAGCUUUGGAGUUCUGACUUUCAGCCCAGGGUAGCAGUGUGGGGAAGGGUGUUUGUAAUUUGGUUCCACUCUCGGGAGACUAGACUUCCUUAGUGUGCCAAAGCUGAAGUCAGUAAUGAUAGCUUGGGACCUUCUUCCUGUGCCUCAACAGAAGGAGAAUGGGGGUAGGAGAAUGGAGCAGGGGCUCAUGGGGAAACAUGGAAUUAAACCCCUUUGGCUGGACUUUCCUGGUGGCACAGUGGUUAAGAAUCCGCCUGCCAAUGCAGGGGACACGGGUUCGAUCUUGGAUCUGGGAAGAUCCCACAUGCUGCGUAGCAACUAAGCCUGUGUGCCACAACAACUGAGCCUGGGCUCUAGAGGCUGUGAGCCACAACUACUGAGCCUGAGUGCUGCAACUACUGAAGCCCAUGCACCUAGAGCCCAUGCUCUGCAACAGGAGAAACCACCACACUGAGAAGACCGUGCACUGCAAUGAAGAAUAGCCCCUGCUCACCACAACUAGAGAAAGCCCGAGCGUGGCAAUGAAGACCCAACGUGGCCAAAAAAUAAAUAAAAGGAAAAAAAAAAACCCAUUUGGCUACGUAUGCAAGAGAAGACAAUUCAAGAUUCUAACUUGGUUUCAGUGUUGUUUGGCUGUUCCCAGAAUAAAGGUUUCGAGAACCUCUGGGAUUCUUCUUGGUGAAUGGAUUUUCUCUUCUAGGAGAAAACAAAUUAACAAGAGUAAUAAAAAACCCAUAGGUUUACAAAACGUCAAGUGUCAGCAGUUCUGAAUUAGAAUAAGUCCACCUUGUGAGGAGAACCAGCCUGAGUGGAGCUGUCUCCACUAACCCCACAGCCAACAGGAAGGCAGACGUCUCUGCCUGGGGCACCUCUCCCUGAGGCUGGAUUCUGGUGAGUUCCAGGAAACAUGCUAGGCUGGACUGUGCUCUGCAAGUCCAGGUAGGCCCAGAGUCUCUCUCUCUCACACAGUCCACAGCCUGGCCAGUGCUCUAUCCUUUGAUACAGGUGAGCCCUCGGGCUGCACUAGACCCACUGGACAGACAGUCUUCAAAAAAU